AAGCCUGAGUGCUGAGCAACAGAAGCUGUUGUCUCUGGGUACUAGAUUCUCUUGCUUACCUGAUACAGAGAAGUGAAGAAUACAAAUAGUUUAGAAAUACAUUUUUUUUUCCUCUCUGGCAUUCUCCACAGAUUUUAUGAUUAGCACUGGACUCUGAAAAGACUAAUAUGGAAUGAACAGCUCCUCCCCAAUUUGCAAGCUAUGGAACUUUCUUCAGCUAGAGAAUUAUCCAGCUUGUUUUGCUGUAUCUGAACAGCACUCAGGAGUCCAGCCAGAUUCCUUCCCACAAAUCCUCUAUUUAAAGUGUCACUGCAUCUUCAAGAGAGGAUCUUAUUUGGGUUUUUAGGAUUUCCUUGAGUGAACUGAAAUUCUUCUGUUCUUUCUCAGAUCAAGAAAUUACAGCUACAAGACUCACAAAACCAGUGGAAGAACUUGAAGACUGAUUUUGGGAACAGAUUAAACUCACAGGACGUUUAAAACAGAAAUAAAAAAAAUGAAUACAAAGAAAUGUAGUUUCUUAGCAGUGCUUACAUUUACAGUGGCAGUGCUUUACUUUUAUAUCAACAUGUUCAUGGAAACAAACUUGGAAAUGCUAAAAAACUCAAACUCUUCAGUUCUUGAUGAAGUUUGUGAUUCAAUUAUCAAAGGACAGAUGAUUUCUUUGCAAAAAACUGUCCUGACAACAUCAUUUGGAAAAACUUCUUGCCAAGACUACUUACUCCAAAGUCACUACAUAACCACUCCUCUGUCGAAAGAAGAAGCCCAGUUUCCUUUGGCCUAUGUAAUGGUGGUACAUAAGGAUCUUGAAACCUUUGAGAGACUCUUCCGGGCAGUUUACAUGCCCCAAAACAUUUACUGUAUUCAUGUGGAUGAGAAGGCGACUACUGAGUUUAAAGAUGCUGUGGAGUGGUUGGUGAGCUGCUUCUCCAAUGUUUUCCUUGCCUCCAAGAUGGAAACAAUUGUCUAUGCUGGAAUAUCUAGGCUCCAGGCUGACCUGAAUUGUAUAAAAGACCUUGUAGCCUCUAAGGUCCAGUGGAAAUACAUUAUUAAUACUUGUGGCCAAGAUUUCCCUCUGAAAACCAAUAAAGAAAUAAUUCAGCAUUUGAAAGGAUUUAAACAAAGAAAUAUUACCCCAGGGGUGCUCCCUCCCCCUCAUAUUACUAGAAGGACCAAUUAUGUCUAUAGGGAGCAGAAAUAUGGUUUACUCUCUUUCAUGCUGUGGACUUUGAGAAAGAAAACUCUUCCUCCCCAUAAUCUGACCAUUUACUUUGGCUCAGCUUAUGUUGCUCUUACGAGGGAAUUUGCCAACUUUGUUCUCCAAGACCAACGAGCCAUUGAUUUACUUGAGUGGUCUAAGGAUACCUAUAGUCCUGAUGAGCAUUUCUGGGUCACACUUAAUAGGAUUCCAGGUAUGGCAGACUUUCAUUUUUAUUUUGGUCUAUUAUUAGGCUCAAUGGACAUUGUAAAAAUGAAACCAUAAUUGCAACUGUUGUGUGAAGGUACAUUGUAUGCUCAUAAAAUGUGCCUGUAAAAUUUUAAUUACUUUAUAUAUCACAAAGCUCUAAUGGUAUGUGCAAUCAUUUAAAAAAUCAUGUUGAAUGUUGCAUAGCAAGUCAAUCCCACUGUUAUUGCCUAAUCAUAUGGGAGGCUGAGAAUUUGUUUACAGCUUUAUGGAUGAUGGAUUUAGAGUUGAAAUGAGUCCGUUGAGAUGGAGGUAAAUUAUUGUUAGAUCAGGAAAUCCAUCAACCAACAUUGAUUAGGAACCUACUAUGUGACAUUCACUGUGCUAAACACUGGGAAUACAAAUAUAAAUGAAUGAAAUAAUCCCUAUUCAUAAGGAGCCUACUUUAUAAGAGGAACAGAAAUGAGUAAGAAUUAGGUGAACUAAAAGAUACAAAAAGGGUUUUUUAUUAUUUUUUAAAUGAAGAUCAGUUUUCUCUUGCCAUUGGCACCGCCUCCAUUGAAAAAGCAAAAAUAAAUAAAUGAAUAAAACCUAUGUUAUGAACCUGUAUAGUCAACCAAAACAAAUUCCUGAAUUGGCCAUAUCCAAAAAAAAAUUAUGCCUCAGUUUGCACUGUGAGUCUUUCACUUCUCUAUUAGAAGGUAAUUAGUAUGUUUCCUUGUGAGUCCUCUGGAAUCAUAGAUGGUCACUCAAUAAGGUUACUUAAAAAAGAACAAGGGAAGCUAGGUGACUCUGUGGUUAGAGAGUCAGACCUAGAAAUGGAAGGUUCUGGGUUCAAGUCUAGCCGUAGAUACUUUCUAGCAGGGUGACAUUGGGCAAGUCAGUUAACUUUAAUUACCUAGCCCUUACUGGUCUUCCCUCUUGGAACCAAUACUUAGUUCUAAGACAGAAGGUAAAGGUUUUUUAAAAAAAGAAAAAGAAUGGAAAAAUAAAGUCAAAAGGAUUGGGGGAAAGACUGAGAGGACAUGUAAUCAGUAAUGCAAGUUUGGUUAUAGAAGAACCAAGCAAUAAGUUCAUGAAAUAAAUGUGGAGGUCAGGAAGACUAGAUGAUAAGUAGAUUACUUAAAUAAAAGCUUGCAAUGAGGAGCAUAAUCCUGAUAGCCUCUUUGUGAUAUAUUUCAUUCUUUUGUUAUAUUUGUUGGUUUCAUUCAGACAGAAUCUAUAAAGACCCCAAAAAAUUUUGUGGCAGGUGAAUUAUAUUAUGGCUGCUGAUUUCCAUAACUGAAAGUAGAUAUUACCUGUACCGUAAGCUUAUAUACAAGGUGCCUUUGCAUCAAGACAGUGUCAUUAAGAAUUUAACCCAACUGAAUAACAACCGCCCCCAAAAGAAUGAAGAAACCUUUGAAGAAGAAAACAAUGAAUGAAGAGAUUAUUCCAUAAAAUAAAAAUGUCUCAAUUUGGGACAGAUACAAGGUAUUGAAAAAAAGACCAAAAAGAAAGGUAGAAAGUCAGAGGGGAUCAGGUUCAGUAUCCUGCCUGGUUUUGCAAGUGAUUCCUUCUCAUUGUUGCAUUUUGUAGAGGAAAAACUCUUUCUCAUAGUUUUAUUUUGUGAAGGAAAAAUUUGGUUGCUAAAGCUUCAAGUCUCAGUCCUCUAGGUAGACUGUGAGUCAUUGGUCCCAGCUCUUCAAGGACCACUUGGUGAGGCUAUAGAGUUAGUCUAGAUUACACCCUAGAGAGCUCCCACAGAUAUAGCUAAAGAAAAUAGAAAAGGGCAGUUGGGUAGUUCAGUGGAUUGAGAGUCAAGCCUAGAGACCUAGAGACCUAAGUUCAAACCUGACACUUCCUAGCUGUGUAACCCUGGGCAAGUCACUAAACCCACAUUGCCUAGCCCUUACCACUCUUCUAACUUAAAACCAAUACAUAAUAUUGAUUCUAAGGCAGAAGGUAAGAGUUUGAAAAAGAAGAGGUACAUCAAAAGGCCAGGCAUAUAGAUAUAGAAAGAUCCUUGAGUCCCAUCUCUGAUGUGAUCUCAGAUGCUGCCAGCUCUCCAGUGCCAAGGCUGGACUCAUGCCAUGUUCUCUGAAAGCUUGUCCAACAAUCACCCUUGGAGCCAAAUCUGGGCCAUUGGGAUGAUAAAAAAAAAAAGAUCUGCUGCUGCAUUAGAUGCUCCUUUGAAAUAAGAAAAUAAUAAGAUUGCUGCUUAAAUAUCUCAGGACUCCAAUUUAAGAGAGACAAGAAGGUAGCCCAAGAAGGAAAUGUUUCUGAAAGAAUGUCACUGAAGAAAAUAGUUUGGAUUAGGAAGAGGAGAAACUAGUAUUUAUAUGCCACUUAAUGGUUUAUAAAACAUUACACACACACACACACACAUAUGUGUGUGUGUAUA